UCAGACAAUAAUUCAGAAACUGGAGAACUAUCAUGGGAAUGGCUGUAUACCACCGAACAAGCAGAUAAUGGCGAAAAGGGCGAUGGGGAUCGCAAGAGGAGGAGAGGCGUGGCCAGUUCCAAGAUUGCUGGGGCUCGAUAUGGCGAUUUCGAAUGCCGCGUUGGAGACACGGUGAUGCUCAAGGCGGCCGAUGGGUCCAUUGGAGCUUGGGUAGCCAUCAUCUGCGAUUUCCAGGAAGACAGCGAGACUGGAGAAAUGAGCGCCAAUUUCAUGUGGUUCUUGACAGAGAAGGAGAUCCGUAACAAGGGGAGAAAGCGAGAAGACUUCUACUGGAACGAGCUGUACAUCUCGCCAUCCUUCGACGUAAAUCCCCUGGCGUCGAUCAAUGGCAAGGCCAAUAUCAUGUCCCUAGACGCCUUUCUCAGCGCGCAUCCCUCCGGAAAGAUAUCGCGAAAUUCGCCCGACUUUGGGAAGACAUUUGUAUGUCGGCGUGGCUGCAACACCCGAUCUACUACAUACACGGACGAGUUUGUAUGGGAAGAAACUUAUGAGAAUGGGGACGUAUCAGCUUUAAAGGACUUUGUGGAGAAGAAUACCAGAGCAACCCGUCGAAAAGCUCGAGCUCAAUCACCGCCAGAGGCCGAGGGUACAUACCUACCGCCUCAAACACCAACCAAGACCGGCAGAAACUCAGCGACAACUCCCAAAUCGAAGCGAGGACCGAGGAGUGGCGGAAAGAAACUAGAGUUCACGCCUCUAGCCACCAGAAAGCUGUCGCCCAGCCAGGUCCAAUCUUCCCCGUUUCAGAUUGCACGUUCGCGCCUCCAUGUCUCAGCAGUUCCCACCAGCUUGCCUUGUCGUGAAGGAGAAUUCUCACUGGUAUACUCACAUCUAGAAGCCGCCAUCACGGAGGGUACUGGCAACUGUAUCUAUAUCUCCGGGACACCGGGGACUGGAAAGACGGCCACGGUACGAGAAGUCAUUUCUCGCCUUGAAGAAGCCGUCGGCUCAGACGAGUUGGACGAUUUCAUAUUCGUUGAGAUCAAUGGCAUGAAGAUUACAGAUCCUCAUCAGGCAUACUCGCUGCUAUGGGAAGCUAUCAAGGGCGAACGUGCAAGCCCUGCCCAGUCACUCGACCUAUUGGAGCGAGAAUUCAGCAAUCCUAGCCCACGACGCGUUCCAUGUGUCGUGUUGAUGGACGAGCUCGAUCAACUAGUCACGAAAAAUCAAGCAGUCAUGUACAACUUUUUCAACUGGCCAACCCUCCGACACAGUCGUCUUAUUGUGCUUGCAGUAGCCAACACAAUGGAUCUUCCUGAGAGAACUUUGAGCAACAAGAUCAGCAGUCGUUUAGGCCUCACCCGUAUUACUUUCCCCGGCUACAACCACGACCAGCUUAUGAAAAUCAUACAAUCUCGUCUUGAAGGCGUACCGGGAAAUAUUGUUGAUGCAGAUGCCGUCCAGUUUGCGAGUCGCAAAGUAGCUGCCGUCAGCGGAGACGCCAGACGAGCGCUGGAUAUCUGCCGUCGAGCGGUUGAGCUGGCAGAGAGCGACGCUCCGGGCGAUCCAAUGACUCCAAGCAAACGGGCGAAUGAAAAUGGAAUUCCCGACCAGUCUCGGCGCGGAAGAGUGACAAUCUCUACAAUCAAGAGAGCCAUCAAUGAGGCCACGACCAAUCCCAUCCAACAACAUCUGCGUGGCCUCCCCCUUACGUCGAAGAUGCUCAUGGCGGCGCUGCUACUAAGAAUCCGAAGGUCUGGUCUGGCUGAGACGACUCUUGGCGAAACUCUGGAUGAACUUCAGCGCUCCACGGCUUAUACAGCCCGUCCACCUCCUGGAAUGGCUCAAAUCCUUCCUGGCCUCGGCAAGGGGAACCAAGCCGGUCGGCGUAUGGUAGGACGGCCGCAAUACAUCCACACCGCGGCCCUGGAGCUGGUUGCCGCUGGCCUGAUUAAUUUGGAGGCGCAUCGUGCGGACCGGUCAAGCAAGUUGCGGUUGGCCAUUGCUGACGACGAGGUGAAGAUGGCGCUGCGCGAUGACGCGGAUCUCAAGUCCAUAGGUCUGAGUGUAUGA